AUGCUUGUUCGUCCAUUAUCCGGAACUAUACGUAAAGUCUCUCAUUCUCGUACAAAUCGACGUCUGUCUAAACGAAAGACUUUACGAUCCGUCAAGUAUCAACAACCACCAACAACAAGAACGUCAGAAAGUAACCUAAUUAAAAAUUUUUUACAAAUAAUCAGAUGUAUAAAACAACCGAUAACAUUAGCGUACAAUGAGAAGCAGCUAGAAGAUAUUUGUCAACAGAUGACCUUACAGAUGCAGCCAUUAAUUAAUCAACACCAAACACCAUCAACAUCCGAUAAAGAAUUAUGUGUAUUUUUAUGUGGUAUUUGUCAACAUUUACUUUAUGAACCAUUAACAUUAUAUUGUGGACAUACGUAUUGUGAAAAAUGUAUUAAAAAUGAACCAGACAAUACCGAUCGUGUAUGUCAACGUUGUCCACGUGAUAUUAUUGGUCAAAUUCAAUCAUCCAUUCAAUUGGGAAGAAAAGCACUAUACUUAAAAAAUAUAUUUCUUAAUGAGCUAUUUGAAAAAUCCAUGAGUUUUCAAACACAUCGAUCUUGUAUGGUGCUCUAUUAUCGUGGUCAACAAGAAUACAACGCAAAAAAUUAUGAUUUAGCCGUUCAAUACUAUAAUAAUGCAUUAGAUAUAUGUGAAGAUGAUCAUUUAGUAUUAAAUGGUCGAUCUCAAGCGUAUUUAGCGCUCAAUAGGUUCGAUGAGAGCCUCUCGGAUGCUGAACAUAUAAUUAAACUGAAACCAGAUUGGUCAAAAGGUUAUUUGAGGAAAAGUGAGGCUCUAUUUGAAAUGAAGCGCUAUACAACAGCUUUGUUAUCAUCAUUAAUGGCACUGACAUUUGAUCCAGAAGACCCUGUCGGAAAAACAAUAAUGGCCAAAGUGAAUAUUUUAGUUUUACUUCAUUUACAAGCCAGAGGUAUCGUUAGAAUAACAAAACAUCUACAUGCUGUUUUACAUGAAUCUCCAUCUGAAGAUAUUGAUGAGUCAUUACUAACCAGUGAACUUCGAUCGAGUGAAGAACAUACAGAAGCAAGCAAUCAAAUUCAAAAUGAUGCUGAUGAACCAGGGGAGACAAUUUGUAUGUCAACAACAUCGGAGUUAUCUACAACUAAAAAAUUGGCACUUUGUAGAAAUUCUUAUGAACGAUUAUGUUUAUGCAAUACAUUCAACUAUAAACAGCUAGAUAUCAGAGAUUUUGAAUGCUCAAUAUGUGUAAAUACACUUUGGUUUCCUGUUACAACUCCGUGUGGUCAUGUGUUUUGUCGCGAAUGUUUAAUUCGUUCCAUCGAUAAUACAUUGGCACAAUGUCCCAUGUGUAAAAAAUCAUUGACUGAAUUUUUUUCUAUGCUUAUACAAUCACAUGUAAAUCAAACUGAAAUAAUUCAUCGAAUGAUUGAAAUAUAUUUUCCAGAUGAUUUUAUUGAGAGACGUGAACAAUAUCACAGAGAUGGUUGUGUAUCAGUUAAGAUCAAUGAUAAUAAUUUGAACAUAAUCGCUAAUAUGCCGAUAUUUGUUUGCGUAUUAGCACUACCUAAUUGUGUCUGUCCAUUACAUGUAUUUGAGCCAAGAUAUCGUUUAAUGAUGAGAAGAAGUUUUGAAACAGAAUCAAGAUCAUUUGGAAUGUGUAAAUAUGAUGAAACAACAGGAACAUUUGCCGAUUGUGGAACAUUAUUAUAUAUUCGUGGUAUUAUGUACACUGAAGAUGGACGAUCAGUUGUUGAUACAAUAGGACAACGACGUUUUCGUGUACUUAGCAGAGGAAUGAAGGACGGUUAUAAUACGGCUAAUAUUCAAUUAAUCAAAGAUAAUUUAGUUGAACAGGAUGAAUAUAAUAAUUUAGUUCAACUCAAUAUUGAUACGUAUAAUAAAGUACGUCACUGGUUCGAUAAUUUAGAUCUACAUCGUAAAUCAUUAGUAUCCUAUCAAUUACAAGAAUAUCCAAUUUGUGAUGAGUUCACUAUUACAUCAGUUGAUGGACCACAGUGGCACUGGAUUAUGCUUAAUAUAGUACCAAUCGAGCCAUUAUUACAAUAUGCCGCAUUGGGAUCUGAAUCAUUAAGAAUAAGACUGCAAAUGUUAAAUGAUGCUGUCACAUUUUUACAACAACAACAACAACAACAACAGCAACAGUAA